GGUGCCAGCCAGAGAGCCAGUCCUCCUUCUCUCGGUUUCCUUUUCUUCUUCAGAAUUCAGCCAUCCAUUCCUUUCAGUUUUUUCAGUUCUAAAGAUAUAAUAAAUUCGAAAUCCGAAAUUGAAAGUCAUUUUCGAAAACCCUUCCUUGGAUUACGCCUUAAUCUUUCCUCUUAAUACCCACAUUUAUCCUUUCUUUCUCUCCUUCCCUCUUGGGUUUCUUCUCUUCUUUGUUUGUUAUUACAGAGAUCUUUUUCUAUUUGAGAAGCAUAAUCAUAAAAAUAAAGAAAAACGAAGAAGAAAAGAAAAAAAAUGGCAUCCAAUAUAGGAAUGAUGGACAGUGCCUACUUUGUUGGAAGGAAUGAGAUUUUAACGUGGAUCAACAACAGGCUUCAGCUUAAUCUCUCUCGUAUUGAAGAAGCUGCAUCCGGUGCUGUGCAGUGUCAGAUGAUAGAUAUGACCUAUCCUGGAGUUGUCCCAAUGCACAAGGUAAAUUUUGAUGCAAAGACAGAAUAUGAUAUGAUUCAAAAUUACAAGGUUCUGCAAGAAGUAUUCAACAAGUUGAAAAUUGAAAAGCAUAUUGAAGUCAAUAGGCUUGUUAAAGGCAGACCUUUGGACAAUUUGGAGUUCUUACAAUGGCUGAAACGGUAUUGUGAUUCUGUGAAUGGUGGAAUUAUGAACGAGAAUUAUAAUCCUGUUGAGCGAAGAGUUAAAGGUGGAAAGGAGCGGAACUCAAAGGGUUCUCAUAAGAGCUCGAAAUCUUUGCAAGCAAAUAAUCUUCAUAACUCUGCUUCUGGAGACAUAACCAGCAUUAAUAAAAACUCUGUUUCCAAGCAAGGGAAGACAGGUGUAGCAGCAACUUCAGGGGAUGCCCAGGCUUUGUCCAAUGAGAUUGCUGAUCUUAAGCUCUCUGUUGACCUUUUGGAGAAGGAAAGAGAUUUUUACUUUGCUAAAUUACGUGAUAUUGAGAUACUUUGUCAGACUCCUGAAGUGGAGAAUCUCCCGAUGGCGGUAGCAAUAAAGAAAAUACUAUAUGCUGCGGAUGCAAAAGAAUCUGCUCUUGAAGAAGCUCAGGAGUAUAUUAGCCAAUCUGCUGAAUCAGGUGAAACAGGAGAGUGAAAGGACAAAUGAGCUUUGACUAACAAAAGGAUGUGUUGGAAGUGAAGAAACCGCCUUAGUCCUUGUGUUGAUUAUGAAAUGGUAGACAAGGGAACUGUGAAAGUGUAACUUGAGACAAAAGAAUGGAACCAUUUCUGCUGUCUCAUAAGCGCUGGAUGAUUAUGAAUAACUUACUAGAGAAUAGUGGUAAGAAAACAGCUGUUUUGAGGCUUUUGUGCUCCUUGUUAGCUUUUAUAUGUAUAACCCAUCUGACUUGAUAUUUAUGGAAUCCUUGUUAACAAUUCCUCCGCUGCAAAA